AUGUUUCGAGAUUUUUGUGGAUGUUUUCAAAAUCUGCGAAAUCAGAGCUCUGAUGAUCAGAUAAAAGGUGAGUUCAAAGAAAAUUGAAAAUUGAAUUUUGAAAUUGUGAAUUUCGCGUGUGACAAUUUUAACGUGGUGGAAAUUUCUGAAUUAUUAAUAUUUUAUUUCUUGUUUCAAAAUUUCCACUAAACAAUUAUCGUAGAGUGAGUUUUUCAUAAAAUUCUGUGAACAGUUCAACAUUUUCUAACUUUUAAAUUAAACGUUUGCUUGAAUGAUCGAUUUGACUUCUCAAUUUCCGGGAAUUUAUCACAACUUCAGUUGAAAAUACAAAAAAUGAAUAAACAAACAAAUAGACAUUGUGGAAAACGCGGAGAGUGCGAGAGACAGAAAGGAAAAGUCUGCAAACACCAUUGCGUACUUUCUCUGCGUCUCUCAAUUUCGCGCCAUCUCUCUCUCUUUUUUAGUUUUUUUUCUUGUCGACCGACUAACGGUUAAAAAUUAGUAUAAACUCGUGAUAACACCCGAAUUUUACAGAAAAUCAAUUGUCUAUGGGUGUAGUGGCUUCGGGGAUGCCGCCACCAACAUCCACCCGAUCAAAUCCCCCGACAAAUGGUGAACCCGACGCGAAACUUGCAAAAUGCGAAGAUUCAGCACCUAGAACAUCGCUGAAAGAAGCAUUGAAGAUUCUAGCGACUUCGAAAGCUGCGAUUAUUUUUGAUAAUGAAGAUGAAGUUGUGAAAGAGGCUGUAGGAAUUAUUGAAAAUGCUGCAAAAGUUGCUGAAGUUGCGAAUUUCGAAGUUGCAAAAGUUCAAGUCGAUAAAUUGACAAAGAAACGUAUUCAAUAUUUGACUCUUCAUGAUUCAUGGCCAAUGAUUUAUGUCAAGGUAUUUUUUUUAUUAUAAAAUUAAUAAAUUCUCAUGACUCAAUUCAGGGCGAUGCUGUCGGUGGAAUCAUUGAUUUGAAAAUGUUAUCUGAAUCAAAUCGUUUGUCGGAAUGGUUGAAAGAUCAUCAAUAUGAUCUGAUUGUGAUCGGAGGAGGAUCUGGUGGUUUAGCAGCUGCAAAAGAAGCUGCUAGACUUGGUAAAAAAGUUGCAUGCUUGGAUUUCGUCAAACCUUCGCCACCUGGAACAACUUGGGGAUUGGGAGGAACUUGUGUGAAUGUGGGAUGUAUUCCGAAAAAAUUAAUGCAUCAAGCAUCAUUAUUAGGUCAUUCAAUUCAUGACGCCAAAAAGUUUGGAUGGAAAUUGCCAGAAGGAGAGAUCAAACAUAAUUGGGGACAUUUGCGUGAUUCAGUUCAGGAUCAUAUUUCCUCACUGAAUUGGGGUUAUCGUGUCCAACUUCGUGAAAAAACUGUGACUUAUAUCAAUUCUUAUGGAGAAUUCACUGGACCGUUUGAGAUUUCCGCGACGAAUAAGAAAAAGAAGGUUGAAAAGUUGACUGCUGAUCGAUUUUUGAUUUCUACUGGACUUCGCCCCAAAUAUCCCGAAAUUCCUGGAGCCAAAGAAUAUACAAUUACUAGUGAUGACUUAUUCCAACUUACCUAUCCACCUGGGAAAACUCUUACUGUUGGAGCAUCUUAUGUCAGUUUGGAAUGCGCUGGAUUUUUACAUGGACUCGGUUUCGAUGUGACAGUAAUGGUUAGAUCGAUUUUAUUGAGAGGUUUUGAUCAAGAUAUGGCUGAGAGAAUUCGAAAACAUAUGGUUUCCUAUGGAAUGAAGUUUGAGAAGUGAGUUCUUUCUUCUUACUUUUUUGAGAGUUAAAUUUAUUUUUUGUAGUGGCGUACCUUCGAAAAUUGAGCAAAUUGAGGAAAAGACUGAUGAAAAAGCUGGAAGAUAUAUGGUUUAUUGGGAGAAAAAACUUGAAGAUGGAUCAGUUGUUACAGCACAAGAGGAGUAUAAUACGGUAAUUUCAUUAGUUUUGAGUAAUUAACUAAUUAAUAAAUUACAAAAACAAUUUAGAUUUUGAUGGCGAUUGGUCGAGAAGCGAUGACUGAUGACGUUGGAUUGGAUUUGGCUGGAGUGAAAAGGGCUAGAAGUAAAAAGGUUUUGGGAAAACGCGAACAAUCGACAGUUCCUUAUAUUUAUGCGAUUGGAGAUGUUUUGGAAGGAACACCCGAAUUGACACCGGUUGCUAUUCAAGCGGGAAGAGUUUUGAUGAGAAGAUUGAUUGAGGGAGCGAAUGAGUUGGUGGGUUUUUGUGGUGGGAAAGGGUUUGUUCGGGUGAAAUAUUAUACGGGUUUUUUCAUUGAACAACUCAAAUUCUCAAAGUUUAGACAAACGAAUUGAUUUUUUGUUGUUGAGAUUUCAAACAGAUUUACGAAAAAAUCGAAACAAAAAACCAAUGAUUUUUGAAAAAUAAAGUGAAGGUUAGAACUUUUGAAAGUUAUGAUACUCUUCGUAUUUUUUUCUGGAGAUUUUUUUUACAAGGGAACGUCAUACGGUAAAUCAUGCCACUAUAGAAGUUUUCACCAAAGAGUGCUUCAAAUCUUUUAUAUAUGUCACCCUUAAAAUGCUGAAAAAUCUCUUUUCCAGACGGAAUAUGAUCAAAUUCCAACGACAGUUUUCACUCCACUUGAAUAUGGAUGUUGUGGUUUAUCAGAAGAAGAUGCGAUUGCAAAACAUGGAAAAGAUAAUAUUAUAAUUUAUCAUAAUGUUUUCAAUCCACUCGAAUAUACGAUUCCCGAAAGAAUGGAUAAAGACCAUUGUUAUGUGAAGUUGAUUUGUUUGAGACAUGAGGAGGUAGUUUUUCACUCUGGAAAAGAAAUGAGUUUUCUUAAAAGGCCCUAAACUAUUUUUUUUCAGGAAAAAGUGAUUGGUUUCCACAUUUUGACACCGAAUGCGGGUGAAGUUACACAAGGAUUUGGAAUUGCGCUCAAGUUAUCAGCGACAAAGGCAGAUUUCGAUAGAUUGAUUGGAAUUCAUCCAACUGUUGCUGAAAACUUCACAACAUUAACAUUGGAGAAGAAAGAAGGUGAUGGGGAAUUGCAGGCAUCGGGUUGCUGA